AUGCUUCAUCGCAUCAGCUGGCCAGGAUGCUGGUGUAUCUACAUCACCCUCAGCCACGGUAACGCCUGCAGAAACACCCUGCAGCUCCCUAUCACCCUCCAGCUCCACCACAUGGCCCUCCACGCCCACAGAGGCUUCCACCUCCACCGCUGCGCCACGCGCCACCUCACCACCCACCAACCCUCGGAGCCAGGGCAGCUCUCCACCGAGAAGGGGGGGGGGAGGAGGCCAGCGUUGGAGGACAUGUGGGAGGAGGUGGAGGCCAGAUUGGAGGAGCAGGAGAGGGAGGCUGAAGCCAGAAAGGAGAGGAGGUGGAGGGAGUGGAUGGACAGAGAGGAGAGAAGAGACAGGGAAAGGGAGGAAAGGGAAGAAAGAAGAGAGAGGGAAAGACAGGAGAGGGAGACAGAAGGGACAGGGAGGCUCGGGAGAGGGAGGAGUGCUUUUUAA